UGUAUUGGAGAGAGAGAGAUAUGUGUGACGCUACAAGGAGGGCACAAACAAGAGAAUCAAGUACAGACAUGAUAGAAUACCAUCUGCUCUUCGUACUGAACCCACCUGAUCAGUUUCUAAGAAUAACCCAUUUUUAUCAAUACCUCAUAAAAUGGAGUUUCAGAGCAGCAGCAAAGCCAAAAGAAAAGCAAGACCCACUAGCCAUAAUCUCCAAAACAACAAGAAUUCUAACAAAGAUUCAACCUUUUCUUCCUCUGCUGCUAGUAACAUGAACAACAACAACAACAACAACAAUACUAGCAAGGCAACUAUGGCUCAGUACAAUGCUGAUGCUAAGCUCAUGGCUGAGUUUGAACAGUCUGGUGUCUCUGGUAAGUCCUUUAAUUAUUCAAGAUCAGUACUUUAUGCACCUCAGGAUAAUGCCAAUGAAGAAGAAAUCACUUCUUAUCUUUCAAGAAUUCAAAGGGGUGGGCUUGUUCAACCAUUUGGUUGUAUGCUUGCUAUUGAGGAACAUACUUUCAAGAUUAUAGGUUACAGUGAGAAUUGCUUUGAUAUGUUAGGUUUUAAGAUUGCUGAGUCAUCAAAGUUGAUUACUUUGAUUGGUGUUGAUGCUAGAACCCUUUUCACCCCUUCUUCUGGGGCUUCAUUGGCUAAAGCCAUGACUUCUAGGGAAAUCUCUUUGUUGAACCCUAUAUGGGUUCAUUCUAGGAGUACCCAUAAGCCUUUUUAUGCUAUACUUCACAGGAUUGAUGUGGGGAUUGUGAUUGAUUUAGAGCCUGCUAAUUCUAGUGACCCUGCAUUGCUGCUUGCUGGGGCAGUGCAGUCACAAAAACUGGCUGUCCGGUCGAUAUCUAGGUUGCAGUCACUACCUGGUGGAGAUAUAGGGGUUCUGUGUGAUACAGUGGUGGAAGAUGUGCAGAAGCUGACUGGAUAUGAUAGGGUGAUGGUUUAUAAGUUUCAUGAUGAUAAUCAUGGUGAAGUUCUGUCUGAGAUUAGGAGAUCAGAAUUGGAACCUUAUUUGGGCUUGCAUUAUCCUGCAACAGAUAUCCCCCAAGCUGCCCGGUUCUUGUUCAAGCAGAACAGAAUUAGGAUGAUAUGUGAUUGCAAUGCACAGCCUGUUAAGAUUGUUCAGAGUGAAGAACUAAAGCGGCCUCUCUGCUUGGUAAAUUCGACUCUUAGAUCACCUCAUGGCUGCCAUGCACAGUAUAUGGCCAACAUGGGAUCUAUUUCAUCGUUGGUGAUGUCAGUAGUUAUCAAUAGCAGUGAUUUGAGGAAGCUUUGGGGUUUGGUUGUUUGUCAUCACAGUACUCCCCGCUAUGUGCCUUUCCCACUUCGGUAUGCAUGUGAAUUCUUCAUGCAGGCAUUUGGCCUGCAGCUUUAUAUGGAGCUCCAAUUAGCAUCACAGUUGGCGGAGAAGAAAACCCUCCAAAUGCAGACCUUAUUAUGUGACAUGCUUCUUCGAGAUGUUCCAUUUGGCAUUGUAACACAAUCCCCUAGUAUUAUGGAUCUUGUCAAGUGCGAUGGAGCUGCACUUUAUUACGGUGGAAAAUGUUGGUUGCUUGGGGUGACACCAACUGAAGCACAAGUUAAAGAUAUUGCAGAGUGGUUGCUAGGCACUCAUAAGGACUCGACAGGUUUAAGUACGGACAGUCUUGCAGAUGCUGGUUAUCCUGGUGCAACUUUACUGGGAGAUGAAGUUUGUGGCAUGGCUACUGCGAGAAUUACUUCCAAGGAUUUCCUAUUCUGGUUCAGGUCUCACACGGCAAAGGAAGUCAAGUGAGGUGCUAAGCAUCAUCCAGAUGAUAGAGAUGAUGGAGGAAAAAUGCACCCGCGAUCUUCAUUUAAUGCCUUUCUUGAAGUGGUUAAAAGUAGAAGUAUGCCUUGGGAUGUUCCGGAGAUUAAUGCCAUUCAUUCUCUACAAAUCAUAAUGAGAGAAUCAAUUCAAGAAAUCGAGAACAGUUCUCUGAAAACUAUGACUUCUUCUCAACAGAAUGAUGCUGAUGGUCCAAGCAUGGAUGAACUUAGUUCUGUGGCAAUGGAAAUGGUUAGGUUGAUUGAGACGGCCACUGCUCCAAUUUUUGGAGUUGAUCUAUCUGGCUUAAUAAAUGGAUGGAAUGGGAAGAUUGCUGACUUGACAGGGUUGCAAGCUAGUGAAGCUAUUGGAAAGUCUCUCAUUAAUGAUAUUGCUCAUGAAGAUUCACAUGAAACUGUUGAAAAAGUUCUACAUAGAGCUCUGUUAGGUGAGGAGGACAAAAAUGUGGAAAUAAAGUUGCGAAGGUUUGGGAAAGAUCCACCAAAAUCAGUUUUAUACCUUGUGACUAAUACCUGCACAAGCAGGGACCACAAAAAUGAUGUUGUUGGCGUGUGCUUUGUGGCUCAAGAUGUCACUCCUGAAAAAGCUGUCAUGGAUAAAUUUAUUCAGUUGCAAGGAGAUUAUGAGGCUAUUGUACAAAGUCUUAAUCCACUGAUUCCACCAAUAUUUGCUUCUGAUGGAAAUGCUUGCUGUUCGGAGUGGAAUGCAGCGAUGGAAAGGUUGACCGGUUGGACAAGAUAUGAGAUCCUGGGGAGGACACUUCCUGGUGAAGUUUUUGGUGGUCUUUGUCGUCUUAGGGGACAAGAUGCCGUUACCAAAUUUAUGAUUCUUUUCUACCAAGCAAUUAGUGGCCAUGACACCAAAAAGCUUCCAUUUGGCUUUUUUAAUAGGACAGGGGAGUUUGUGGAAGUGUUCCUAACAGCAAACAAGAGAACUGAUGAGCAUGGGAAUAUAAUUGGGUGUUUCUGCUUCUUGCAGCCUACACUGGUUGACCCAGAGGCAUCGGAUGAGAGACAAGACAAUAAAGACUCCCUUUCAAAAAUUAAAGAAUUUUCUUAUAUCCGACAGCAGAUGAAAAAUCCAUUGAACGGGAUCCAGUUUACCCAUAAACUCCUUGAAGCAACCUGUGUUUCAGAUAAUCAGAAGCAGCUUCUGGAGACAAGUGAAGCCUGUGAGAAACAGAUACUAUCUGUUAUUGACAAUAUGGAUUUUGGAAGAAUAGAGGAUGGCAAAGUGGAGCUAAACAUGGAGGAAUUCGUUCUAGGAAAUGUUGUGGAUGCUAUUGUGAGUCAAGUAAUGAUUUUGCUCAAGGAAAAAAAUUUACAACUGCUGCAUGAUAUUCCUGACCAGAUCAAGACUCUUCCUCUAUAUGGUGAUCAAAUUAAGCUUCAGCUUAUUCUCUCAGAUUUCUUGCUUAGUAUAGUGCAUCAUGCACCUUCCCCGGAUGGUUGGGUGGAAAUCAAGGUGUUACCUGGUCUGAAACUCAUACAAGAUGGAAAUGAAUUUAUCCAUCUCCAAUUCAGAAUGACUCACCCUGGCCAAGGACUACCGGCUGCUCUAAUCGAAGACAUGUCUGGAGGAAGAAAUAGAGGGACAACACAAGAAGGAAUCGCGCUAAAUUUUUCCCAGAAACUUGUCAAUAUGAUGAAUGGGCAUGUCCGCUAUGUCAGAGAGGAAAACAAAUGUUAUUUCCUAAUAGACCUGGAACUCAAAACAGGGAAAUCUACACAACAUGGUCCAGAUUCGGAUGGAACUGAAAAGAUGGAAAUUUAGACAACAUUGUCCGAAUUUGGAUGUAGGUAGAAUGUCCUAAGUCAUAUUUAAUGGUACAUUUUAACUCUCCGCUGCAGAUCAGUUUUUUUAUAUACUUGUAUGGCAAUAAGUAUAAAUGCUAGAGCCCACAGAGCCGUGGAGUUGAUUCUGAUUCUCCUGCCUUGUACAUGUUAUUAUCAGCAGCAUAGGAUAUUAUCUUUUCAUGUGGUCAUUUAUGUAAAUGGAUGCUGUAUAUUAUUUGUAUCAGGAUGCUCUAAAAUUAUCUUCUCAAUAAAACGCUCCAAAAUGCUGUUUUCCUGAA